AUGUCCGCAAAGAUUUCGAUUUUCCAAUCUCUAGUCUUUCUAUUCUACCGGUUUGUCCUCCGGCGAUACCGGAACCCUAAACCAAAAUACCAAAAAUGCCCUUCUUCUCUCCUCCAAUCCGACCUAUCACGCGACACAUUGAUCUUCAACGUAGAAGGAGCUCUUCUUAAAUCAAACUCUCUCUUUCCUUACUUCAUGCUAGUAGCAUUCGAAGCCGGAGGUGUAAUAAGGUCAUUUCUCCUCUUCAUUCUCUAUCCAUUGAUAAGUUUGAUGAGCCACGAGAUGGCUCUCAAGGUGAUGGUAAUGGUGAGUUUCUUUGGGGUCAAAAAACAAGGUUUUAGAGCGGGAAGAGCGGUUUUGCCUAAAUAUUUUCUAGAAGACGUCGGUCUAGAAAUGUUCCAAGUGUUGAAGAGAGGAGGGAAGAGAAUAGGAGUGAGUGAUGUUCUUCCUCAAGUUAUGAUUGAAGGAUUCUUGAGAGAGUACUUGGGGAUUGAAGUUGUGGUUGGGAGAGAAAUGAAGGUCGUUGGUGGUUAUUACUUAGGGAUCAUGAAAGAUAAGACCAGCCAUGAUCUUGUCUUUGAUGAGUUGGUUCGUAAAGAGAGACUAAACAAUGGUCGUGUUAUUGGCAUCACUUCAUUCAACACUUCUCUUCAUCGAUAUCUAUUCUCUCAGUUUUGCCAGGAGAUUUAUUUCGUGAAGAAAUCCGACAAGCGAAACUGGCAAACCCUACCACGAAACCAAUACCCUAAACCAUUGAUUUUCCACGAUGGUCGUCUUGCAAUCAAACCAACCCUAAUGAACACUUUGGUCUUGUUCAUGUGGGGUCCGUUCGCAGUCGUAGCCGCAGCAGCCAGACUCUUCGUCUCUCUAUGCAUCCCUUACACAUUCGCGAUCCCAAUCCUAUCUCUCUUCGGUUGCCGACUCACCGUGGAUUAUCAAAAUGUUUCUUCUCAUCGAAAGUCAUCAAACUCAAGUAAACGCAAAGGGAUUCUCUUUGUGUGUAACCAUAGGACAUUAUUGGACCCUCUUUACGUUGGUUUUGCGCUAAAAGAAAAAAACAUCAAAACCGUAACGUAUAGUUUGAGUAGAGUGUCGGAGAUUUUGGCUCCGAUAAAGACCGUUAGACUGACCCGUGAUCGGGUCAGCGAUGGUCAAGCCAUGGAUAAAUUGUUGACCGAAGGAGAUCUUGUUGUUUGUCCAGAAGGAACCACUUGUAGAGAGCCUUACAUGCUUAGGUUUAGUCCUUUGUUCACCGAGAUUAGUGACGUCAUCGUUCCCGUGGCUGUGACGUCAGACGUGACCUUCUUCUAUGGAACAACGGCAAGUGGUCUUAAGGCAUUUGAUCCGCUUUUUUUUCUCAUGGAUCCUUAUCCUUCCUACACCGUCCGAUUUCUCGAUGCUGUCUCUGGUGCCACGUGUGAAGAUCCUGAUGGGAAGUUGAAGUUUGAAGUGGCUAAUCAUGUUCAGAGCGAGAUUGGGAAGGCGUUGGAUUACGAGUGCACCAAUCUCACCAGAAAAGACAAGUAUUUGAUCUUGGCCGGUAAUAAUGGCGUAGUUAAGAAAAAUUAA